CCUUGGCAACCAUCUAUCUCCACCAUACACUCCUCUAAGUCAUCAGAGAAACAUACUAGAAUUCAGAGAGAGAGAGAGGGAGAGAGAGAGAGAGAGAGAAGCAGGUGCUACAUUUGUAUGGAGAUUGCUUCUAGUUUGAUAUACAUAGUGCUCUGUCUCUCAACUCUGUUGUUAUACCACUUCAUAAAGAAACAAAAGAGAAAUUCUAAACAUAAAGCUAAGCUUCCCCCUGGCUCAAUGGGGUGGCCUUACAUAGGAGAGACUCUACAAAUGUACUCUAUGGACCCAAACAUAUUCUUUGCUUCAAAGCAGAAAAGGUAUGGAGAUAUAUUCAAAACCCACAUACUUGGAUGCCCUUGUGUCAUGCUGGCAAGCCCUGAGGCCACAAAGUUUGUGCUGGUCACUCAUGCCCACUUGUUCAAGCCCACAUACCCCAAGAGCAAAGAGCAGAUGAUUGGUCCUUCAGCUUUGUUCUUUCACCAAGGAGACUACCACAAUAGCCUCAGGAAGCUCAUUCAAAGCUCUCUGUCCCCGAACCCCACCACUAUGCGGAAACUAGUUCCUGACAUUGAAGCAUUAGCCAUUUCCGCCCUGGAGUCAUGGGCUGCAGGUGGCAAGAUCAUUAACACCUAUCAUGAAAUGAAAAAGUUCUCCUUUGAUGUUGGCUUCCUUGCCAUCUUUGGUCAGUUGAAUGACACCUAUAGAGAAAGGCUCAAUGAAAAUUACUGCAUAGUAGACAAGGGUUACAAUUCUUUUCCAACAAAGAUACCUGGUACUGCAUAUCACAAAGCUCUUUUGGCAAGGAAAAGGCUUGGUCAGAUUUUGAGUCAGAUAAUUUGUGAGAGGAAAGAGAAGAAAACACUACAGAAGGAUCUAUUGGGUGAUCUGCUGAACUUCCAAGAUGAAAAGGGACAAACUUUAACUGAGGAUCAAAUUUCAGAUAACAUCAUUGGAAUUCUGUUUGCAGCCAAGGACACUACAGCCAGUGCUUUAACAUGGAUCCUCAAAUACCUCCAUGACAACCCAAAAAUUCUUGAAGCUGUGAAGGAUGAGCAGAAGGCUAUAUAUGAAGCAAAUGAUGGAUGCAAGAAGCCCUUGACAUGGGCACAGAUUAGGAACAUGCCUCUUACAUACAGAGUUCUAUUAGAGAGCUUGCGAAUGGCAAGUAUCAUAUCUUUCACAUUCAGGGAAGCUGUGGUUGAUGUAGAAUACAAAGGAUAUCUUAUACCAAAGGGUUGGAAGGUGAUGCCAUUGUUCAGGAACAUACAUCACAAUCCAGAAUUCUUCUCUGAUCCUCAGAAUUUUGACCCAUCUAGGUUUGAUGUUGGUCCAAAGCCUAAUACUUUCAUGCCAUUUGGCAAAGGAGUGCAUGCUUGUCCUGGAAAUGAGCUUGCCAAGCUGGAGAUGCUCAUUUUGGUCCACCAUCUUGUGACCAAAUUUAGGUGGGAAGUGGAGGGAUCACAAAGUGGGAUUCAGUAUGGCCCAUUUCCAGUUCCUCAGCAUGGAUUACCAGUCAGAUUUUGGGAAGAAUCCAACAAUCUCAAAUAAGACUUGUGGGCCUCUAAUUGAAGAUGCCUUCACCAACUUACUCAUUUUACCUCCCUACAACCCAAUUUAAAGCCCUCUUGUUUUAAAAUGGGGCCUUUCUCUCUCUAGAAGUAACCUAUCAUAUAUCUACUCCUCGUAAUUUUCAAGGAUGACUUUGAUUAUCUAUAUUGGAAUGGGGUAAACUUUUUUUA